AUGCAGAUCCCUUCUUCUCCUCUGCAGACGGGGCACUCCUAUAUCUCAGAUAUUUUAUUGUUGUUUUAUUUUUGGCAGGAUGAUGGAUGUGUCCGGUUUUCCCAUGAGCUCUCGGAGGGUGAGAAAGAAGCCACUGGGAACAGAAAGGCGAAAGUCAUGGAUUGCCUCAAGAGCCUUGGCAUUGCCUGUGCUGAGGAUAACAUGCCCAAUAUCGCUGUCCUAGGAUCAGGCGGAGGUCUGCGGGCCAUGAUAGCCCUUCAGGGAACCUUGGUGGAGCUGAAGAAUCAGGGCCUGUUGGACGCUGUCAUGUACCUGUGUGGGGUAUCGGGUUCCACCUGGUGCAUGUCUUUCCUCUACCAAGAGAAGGACUGGACAGAGAAUGUUCAGGCCUUGGAAGAAUGCCUGCGUGAUACACUUUCCAACUCUCCAUGUGAUAUUAAAGAGGAAUUUGCUGUUGCGACACAGGCGGCUGAAGAAGAACUCUUCUCCCUGACAGAUGACUGGGCCUCUUUCUUUGUCUAUCCUGCAUUGAAGCAGUAUGAUAUGACCAAGUUAUCUGAACACAAGGAUGCCACCACAAACGGGACAAAUCCUUACCCCAUCUAUGCGGCAAUAGAAGCAAACCCAUGGCAGAAAGUUGAAGAGGGGACCUGGUUUGAAUUCACCCCCCAUGAAUCUGGCUUUCCCGGCCUGGGGGCAUUUGUGUGCACUGAAGACUUGGGAAGCAAAUUCAAGAAUGGGGAUUUGAAAGAAAAGAGGGACGAGAAAAAUAUCUGCUACCUGCAAGGUUUAUGGGGAAGUGCCCUUGGAAGCAUGGAGGAAAUCAUUAACUAUUUAAUAGGUAAUGAUUGCACUAGUGCACACUGUCAGGGUCUUCUCCUCCUCCUUCUGGAGCUCCACAUUCAUGCCUCAGCUGGGAAAAACUGUGAGGGAAUCUUCACGCAGCUGAAGGAAGUGCUGAAAGGAUGUGUAUGGCAUGUAUGGAAAUUAUUAUGGAAAACCGUGACCUGUAUCUGCUCCUGGACAUGGGGGUGGACCAACAACUUUCUGUACACAGAUAGUGAAGACCAAUCCACUGGAUUGACCAACAAAGAAUUCAUCCACUUGAUCGAUGCCGGCCUUGCCAUAAAUUCCGCCUACCCCCUCGUUCUGCGCCCAGAGAGGAAAGUGAAACUGAUCCUCUCCUUCGACUUCAGCUCCGGGGAUCCUUUCGAAACCAUCAAGAAAACUGCUGAGUACUGUAAGGUAAAUAACAUCCCAUUUCCCAAGAUAAACCCAGAAGAGAUUAAGGACAUUGAUAACCUCUCUGACUGCUACAUCUUCAGAGGAAUAGAUGUUCCUACUGUCAUGCACUUCCCUCUCUUCAACAACAACAAUUGUUCUGAUGAAAUAAAGGACUUCAGAGUCACCUUUACCACCUUUACUUCAUCCUACUCAGAGGACAAUGUCAAAGUACUCCUCAAAAAAGCGAAGAUGAAUGUAUCCAACAACAAGGAGAGGAUUCUGAAGGAGAUCCAGCAGAUUCUGUCCUCCUCCACCAAGGAGUUUUAA